CUCUUUGGUACUCUUCCCUUUCAGUUUCAAUCUCCUUUGUCUCACACAAUGGUCAUUGUCGAACCCACAAUGACUUUUUCGAUGUCUCUCACCCAUGUUGUCAAUUACUUAGCGUUCCUCGUUCCUCAAGAGUUACUUCAGAGGUACCAGCCUCCUGGUGCUACUGGAGCUAUCAGUCUCCUGGUGUAUAUAGUUAUCCUUCUCCUGCAGGAGUCCUUAACAAUCUGACUUCGUCAACACAUCGUAAAACAGCCGAAUGCGCCCAACAAAAACCGGUACGCGACUGCCUCAUGCGUCCACCCAGGUGGCACCAACGUCGACCAAUGGCGCCACCCCUCCGCGAUCACGUGAUAAACAGUUGUACAAGUGUCUGUGGAUGUCAGCUGCACUGCGGACCGGGGUUAACAGAUAAAUACGUAGUUUUUAGGUGGAAAAAAUGACAUUUUUUGACACAAGUCAUGACUAAAACUAUUGCAAAACACGUGAAUUAAUUUUUAAUAAUUCGUGCAGGGGGAAAUCGACUGUGAUAACUGUAUUUCACAUGUUUCAUAUCAAUCAGCACAUAACCGUCAUGUCGAGCGUGGUUACACACAUAUGUAUACGUGAUAUUUGAAAUGAUGUUGCGAGAUUUGGCCUUUUGAUUAAUCAGUGGGCUUCGUGACAUUGUGAAUAUGGAGGACUUUAAUGAGGGAGUGGACGGCAAACUCGCCUCCAGAAUGCGAAAAGUUAAUCCUGAACAAUUUUUGACACUCGUUAAAAUGCAUCUGUCCUUCGAACUGGAUAUCAACACCGAGGAUAAUGAUGCCGUCACCGAAAAAACCAAGGAUAAAAAAUGGGGAUUCCUGAGUUUCUCCAAAAAACCAAAAUCAUUGAUGAAUUUGCAACAGAAGGGCGAGAGUACUGCCUUAACCAGUGAAGGCAUAAGUCAGGUUAAGCAGCUAAUGGAAUAUCUAUCCAAAGAACAAUGCAUUGCCCAGGAAGGAAUUUUCCGGAGAACUGGCAAAUUGACCCGCCAGCAGGACCUCAAAGUUGCCUUGUACCAGGGCCAUCCACUGAACCUAAAUGACGGACCCUACAGUGUUCACGACUGUGCCUCAGUCCUAAAGAGUUUCCUGGCGGAGCUGCCUGAGCCAUUGUUGACAGAGCUGCACUAUCCAGCUCACUGUCAAAUCGCCGAAUUGUGCAGUACAGACUCAAGCACCAACGAAUCUCGCCUCCUUGGUUCUCUGCAAUUACUUCUGCUCCUUCUUCUCCCUGCGAAUCGAAUUUUACUGAAGCAUCUGCUGAAGCUUCUGCACAAGACAGCGAGUUUCGAGAGCAGCAAUAAAAUGAAUUGCGACACAUUGGCAACAUUGUUUACACCUCACCUGAUGUGUCCGAGAAAAUUAUCGCCGGAGGCACUGCACGUUAAUUCACAGAAUUUGUCUGGAUUGGUGGCCUUCAUGAUCAGGAAGGGAGAAGAGCUAUUUGAAAUUCCCCCUAAAUUGGCUACUGAUAUCAGGGCUUAUUGGGUAGAUCAGGAGAGAAAAUUGCUGAGUCCUAAUAAAAAUGACCUGAAUGAAUCCAUUUCGGAUACAACGGGCACAGCCCACACGGUCUUCAGCUUCGUCGAUCAUAAAUUAACAGCAAAAGCAAACUCUACUGAAGACACCCAAGCAGCCCUCGCCCAACUGUACGCCCAUAUCCAAGCGAUGCCAGAGUCGGCGAAGAAGCGUCGUCUAGUGAAGCAAUUUAACAAAGAAAAUGGUCAGGGAACACCCAGACACGUGAAGCAAGUUCGAACGAAGAGCCUGGGAGACUCUAUAAAAAAGCACAUCUUCCAGAAAAAAUUAUUAGGGCAUAAGAAACUAGUGGAGAUAAAUAUUGGAUUCAACAUGAACAAAUCCAGCAGUGAAGAAAAUAUUAUAUCAUCUACCCACGAAGAAUUAGCUUUGCCAUCGAAGAAGUUAUUCAGUAAAUCUGACGAUGAAUUGAGUUCAGACAGUUUUACAAUUGACAAUGACAAUCUCAUGCACUCGAAGCACAUGAGCAGCAGCACUGGCAGCCUAGACACAUCAACAAGUAUUAAAAAAACAAAAAAGACUAAGUGGAAAGACUUUGUCAGGCUGCGAGAGGCGUCUGACGACGACGAGUGCGUCAAUACGUCCAAAGAGAGACUGGAGAGCUCUGGCAAAACCACAAGGAGUCUCACAACGAUCAGUGAAAAUGGAAAGGCUGAGGGUGAGGAUUUGGAGGAUGGAGCUGUCAAGGAGGACAAACAGGUGCGUCGAUACAACUCCGAGCCCUGCGACAUGCACAGCAAUCUAGAGGUGGAGAGCCAACAAUCACAGGUUAAUAAUUCUGAUCCAGUAAUAUCGAUGCUCCAACGACCAAAAAUAGAACUGGUCUUCACUCCCAGGACGUUGGAGUCGAACUCCUCUGUUGAUAAGGACCAUGGCUGUCACACAUCGCCAGUUGUCAAGUACAAAUUCUGGAACUGUCAUUCGGCCCAUACAUCCACACCUGCUGACAUUCUCAGGCGAAAUUUAGCGAAUGGAGAGGCCUGUGGAGUGACACCUAUCAAGAAGAAUGACAAGAGCAUGAGUCCUAUUACUAAGAGCACUGCCAAAAUGCCGAGGUCUAUGCAGGAAACAAUGAUGACUCCUAGAUCGCGAAAACCCGUGAUGAUGAUCUCAGGUUCAAAUCUCUGCAAUCUGGCGGCGAUCGAAGGUGAAGCCCCCCAGAAUGUCCAAAUUGUGGACAUUGAUAUUGACGAUAACAGUUAUGUAUCGAGUCCUGAGAACGCCACAGGAGCACCAGAAUGUUACCAAGACAAUAAAGAAAACUACCAACGUCCUCCCUACCGUGGCCGACACUUCGUAACAUCAAUCGAGGAUGAUCAAGCUAAUCAGAAGAGCACAAUGUCCAUAACGAGCACAUUCAGGGAAUAUCUGCUGUCCAGGAGUGUCUUGACAGCGAGCCCUGUCGACCUCAGUUUUACAUCUCGAACUGGUGAUUUUGACCAGUCAGAGUCGGAUUUAAAUAUUCUGAAUGAAGAGGGUCUAUCUGAUAGCCUUCUUCACUGUCUCGAUGGGAAUAAUCCGGGCUCUGACACAUCUGGAAUCGCCUCCAGCAGUGGCCACAGUGCCAGCAACUCUAACGAUAAAUUUGAGGAUGGGAAUAUCACAGGAACAAGAAAACGAGGGACGAGCUUACAACGAAAUGACUCGAAACGAUCUGUCAGAGGUGGAAUAGAGAGAGACGAGAGGAGACAUCAAUCUGCUAUGCAAAAACAAAUCAGUGAGUCAACUCUGAAUUCAAUCAAAUUGAAGGAUACGUUUCAAGAGACGUCAUUUUGACAAAAAAAAAUUGUGAAUUUGAUUUUUUUACGAGAAUUUUUUAUAAGAAACAGAAGCAAUUUAUACUGAAUAAUCAUGAAUUUUCCACAAUAAAUAUUUUCUCAAAUGUUAGAGAA